CUGUUCGCUUUUGACGAACUUACCACCGUGUCACGGAAGCUCUUGGGCUUCUGGUAACGCCUUGGGAGAGAGAAGAAUCGAGGGACGACGCGUCCGAGUCAACUCUGUUCCUCAGCUCUCUGUCUCUCUCUCUCUCUCUGCCUUACAUGCGGACGUGAUCGUGACAAAUACAAUUCGACCGUUGCCUCCAUUUGCCUACGUAAGUCCUCAUUCUUUGACGCCUGAUUCAGUUGCAUGCAGAACUGAUUUGUUUACUUGCUGAGAUAAAUUAUUCUUCACUGGGGAAGUUUCUGUAGUACUUCAUAACCAUGAGCUUUGUUUUCCGUGGGACUAGAGGAGACAUAGAAACUGGGUUGCCAGUAUUUGUUCCAGAAAGGCGAGCAGUGCGUGUUCAUGCAGCUAGAACAGUCAAUACCAAUUCACUUGCUUUUCUUGUCACAGUUCUAUUGCUGUUCAUGAUUCUCAACUCACACCAGAUGCCAUCUAACUUCCUGCUUUGGCUAGUUCUUGGAGUCUUUUUGAUGGCUACGAGCUUAAGAAUGUACGCAACUUGUCAGCAACUUCAAGCUCAGGCCCAAGCUCAUGCUAUGGCAGCCAGUGGGCUUCUUGGUCAUACCGAAUUAAGGUUGCAUAUGCCACCGUCCAUAGCACUUGCAACCAGAGGGCGAUUGCAAGGUCUCCGACUGCAGCUUGCACUUCUUGACCGGGAGUUUGAUGAUCUGGAUUAUGAUACUUUGAGGGCAUUGGAUUCUGAUAAUGCUCCUGCAGUUCCUUCCAUGAGUGAUGAAGAAAUAAAUUCUCUUCCUGUUCAUAAGUACAAAGUUAUUGGCACCCAAAGUGGUAACUCAACAAUGCAACAGGCUUCAUCUUCAGUCACUGCUGAGAAGAAGCAAGACACUGCCAACGUAGUUGGGAACACAAAGGCUUCCGAAGAUGAAUUAACUUGCAGUGUUUGCUUGGAGCAAGUUACUGUGGGAGAACUUGUUCGUAGCUUGCCAUGCUUGCAUCAGUUCCAUGCCAACUGCAUCGACCCUUGGCUGCGGCAGCAGGGAACAUGCCCUGUUUGUAAAUUCAAAGUGGGGUCUGGUUGGCACGAGAGUGGACCCAGUGAAAUCGAUGCUUCUUAUAUGGUUUAAAGACUUGAGCUUCUCCGAGGAUGAAAGUAUUUGUAGCUGUUUAUAAAAUCACUGCGAAAAACAUACGCAUAUACCUUGAAUCAAUUGAGAAAUUCAAAGGUUAUGCAUAUCUCUGGGUGUAAUUUCUAACACAGGCAUAGAUGGAAUUGCAGCGCACUUCUGAUAAUUGUAUUGUACGACAGGUCUAAUCGCUCAUUUGAUUUGGUCUCUUGGCCACUAUUCAGUGCUUAUAACGGCUGUACGUUACUUCCGGGAUAGCUGCAGCCCUAGUAUUUGCAAUUUGCAAUGGUAUCCUGACUCUACUGCUACUAUAAAAGAGUUUUUCUGCUGGUAA